CGGAAAUACACUCAAGAAAUCUCCUUGCACCGAACUGUACAUAUUGAACUUGGUCCCAUUCCUAAAUCGGUGCAAUUACUAACCCAUCGCUACCGAGAGUAGUUCUACUCCCAUCAGACCGUGCUCAUUGAUUCAACCGCGUGCAUGGGCGCGCGUUUGUUACUCGGAGCAGCGCGGCGGCGUACAUUCACAAAGCCAGUCUUUCCUGUUUGUUACGCGCGACGCUGAACCAGUGAGCAGCGUGACGCCGAGCCGAGCGGAGAGGAGCGUUGCACGCCGUUAGAAUCCGCGUUGUUGCGCCUUGAUUGCGAGUAAUUGCAUCCACAAUCGCGAUCAGGUGUUCGUUAACAGAUAACGGUUGCCCGUGAAUUCAUCCGUUAGAAAAAGGAAAAAAGAAAUAGGACGUGGCGCGUCUGCAAAUAUAGACGAACUUAUAGUGAUAACAGAUCAUUGACCGUGAGUUAUCAGACACAUCUGAUGAAGGAGCUACUUUGAUGUUACAUUAAAAGAGCUCGAAAAAGAAUGGAGAUCUUAGGUAUAAAAUUUGCACCGUUGAAUGUGCCGUUGAAACGAAGACUGGAAACGCUGUCAGCCGCGAUAUGGAUCAUUUUGUUGGCUGGUGGAGACUUACUGGGUUACUUGGCCACUGCCUAUAUCCUCUUCUAUACAAAGACCUUACGUUAUUUCAUGCUGCUCUAUUUUGUUUGGAUGUACUAUGACUGGGACACGUGUGAAAAAGGUGGUAGAAGGGAAGUAUUGACCAGAUGGUUGAGAAACUGCGCCUGGUUACGGUAUUUCGCCGAUUAUUUUCCCGUGACAUUGGUGAAAACCACGGAUCUAGACCCAAAUAGAAAUUAUUUGUUCUGUUGUUUUCCUCACGGAAUAUUGUCAACGGGAGUUUACGGUGCUUUCGGGACCGACGGUCGCGGUUGCCGAGAAAUGUUUCCGGGUCUGGACAUCCGGGUCGCGAUUCUAGAUCAACACUUCAAGAUCCCUCUGUUUCGCGAGUACGUUUACCUGAACGGCGGUAUCGGCAGCAGUUCAGAGAGUUUAAGCUAUCAGCUGUCGACGAAACCUGAACCACCGUUCACUGGAAAAGCGGUGGUCCUCAUCAUUGGCGGAGCAUCGGAAUCUUUAGAAUGUACACCAGGAAGUUAUCGUCUUCUCGUAAAAAGGAGGAAAGGAUUCAUAAAACUGGCACUGAAGCAUGGGUCAGCCUUGGUACCGAUCUUCUCCUUCGGAGAAACGGAUAUAUACGAUCAAGUAUACGGUGCCGAGGGUACACGUCUAAAAAAGGUGCAACAUUUUAUUCGUAAGGUGAUUGGAAUCGCGCCUGUCCUUCUGAAGGGUCGUGGAUUUUUCCAAUAUUCCUUCGGCAUUAUCGCUCGUCGGAAACCGGUCACCGUCGUUGUUGGUAGUCCAAUGGAGGUGCCAAAGAUACCCGAGCCAACGAAGGAGCAAAUCGACGAGUACCAUGAGAAAUUCAUCAAAAAACUGGUGGAGUUAUUCGAAACCCACAAGCACAAAUACGUGGAGAACGCAGACUCGAUACACCUCGAGUUAUUAUCGUAAUAAUGAAUCUUGAAAAAUGAAACACAAACUUCAGAAGAUUCCAUCACAACUUAGAAUCACGUUCGAAAAUUCCUGAUAGAGUUCCAGUACUUGUGAACGACUAUUUCUUUCCAUUCGUUAGUUCGUAGAUUUGUUUAGUAAAUCUGCGUAAGAAAGAACCAAUAGAAUUAAGAAUACGAUAGCUACAUUCUCUCCAUUAAUCCGAAGAAGGUGAUGGCUUUAAGCGAUAUUUGCUCAAAUAACUGAUAGAUAAGGAAUUGUAAAUGAAGGUAGUAUAGAAUUGUACAUUAGAAAAAGCAAGGGAAGCUUGCUUGUUAAAUAUAACGGGUAUAUAGAACUUUUAACCCUCGAAUGGCGAUGGAAAGAGGUCAAUUGUGACCUCUAUAAAAAUAAAAAGGGCAAUAUAAAAGGAGACCCUAUCAGUCAAGUAUAAAAUUAUACUUAAUAUUCA